GUGACUCUCUGCAUCAUGACGGGACUCCUGGUUUUUCUCAUCCUGUUGGGUGCUUUUGAUGAGUUGCAAGUACAAGCUCUUCCUCAGGCUAAACUAACAGUGGAUUCAUCAUUAAUCAAAGACACAGAUUCAGUCACAUUAAGCUGUCGGGCUCCAGCUCAUGUUUCUGUGCAUCAGUGUUAUUUCUAUGUGAAUAGAGGAACUCACACACUUUCUCCCUGCAUAAAGACGUUUACAGGAACUGAGCUGCUGUGGAUGUCAAAGCAAAGUUUACCCUCUGUCGCUGAAGUGAGAUGUUUCUAUACUGUAAAAUAUGGAACUGUAAAUUCUCCAUCUCCCCACAGUGAUGUGUCCUAUAUCACUAUAAGUCUUAAGCCACAACUGAAUGUAAACUAUCGUAAGGGUCAGUCUGCUUUCUUCACCUGCUUUCUGCCUGGAUCUGAGAAACAAGAUACAACAUGUAAUCUGUACUUUGGAGAAUCAAGUCGUCCAGCAACAACAACAAUAAUAUCAAAACCCAGCUCAAGAACCAAUCAGUGGUUCUGCUGGACUGAGAUUCAAGAAAAUGAAUUAUUGAGACAUCUAGGUUUGGCUGAACAGAAGGAGGUCAGCUGUGAUUAUAGAUGGGAAAGAGAUGGGAAAUCUUUGUCACCUCGUAGUGAUCCAUACAGAUUCACCGGUAUUGUGGAAGGAGAUUUAACUGAGAUCAGGAAAACAACAAGAUUUAUGAAGACCACAAGCUCAUCGAACUCUGUUUUUCCCAUCCAGGGUAAAGAUGAAAUAUACUUUAGAAAAAUGUUGUUGUCUUUCUUUCUCUACUGAGGUCAUAAUAUCAGCAUCCCAAUGUUUUAGUUUUCAGCAGGAGUAAACAGUCUAGUAAAGCAACUUUUAAACAGCUUAAUCAAAGAUCAGUGGCAAAGUGGGAAAAAAAAAAGUCACCAAAACUACAUAGUGUUCCAGAAGUUAUAGGAAUCAUUGAAAUAAAAAUUCUCUCCAUUUGUCAAACCUUUUCUAUGGCAUCAAAUGCCCUUAAUACCUCUGUUAUAGACUGCUAAAAAUAUUAUGAAAAUCCAUCACAUUA